CUCCUAAGCAAGUCCCACUAAAGGCAGGUCAUCCCUGCCAGCUCCCGUGGGUGUGGUUCCAGGUGGCCUGUGACCGCUUUGUCCUGGUCACCAGAAACAGGUUGUUUCCGGCUCUGAGCCGAGCGAGCUCUUGGAAGGCUGUCCCGCUGGCCUCUCGACAUGGCUCUCAAAGAGGGACCUAGACUGUCUGGGAGGACACACAGGACACUGGUGACACUGGCUGCCUCUGCGCAGAGAAAAGACCCUGCCCUGCACAUAUCCGUGUGUCUGCACCAGGGCCUGGAAGAGAAUCUUCUGGAGGCUGAUCCUACUUGCAGUUGGCUUCUCAGGGCUGCUCCUGUACGGGUUCCCUUCAGUCAGGUAUCUGGAAACCUUCAUCCCCAUGGGCACCUGCCCUCUGUCCAGAAUGUCCCUGCUGAGGGACAACUUCUCGGGUCUCCUGCGUCUCUGGGCCCGACCGGAAGUCCUGACCUGUACCUCCUGGGGGGCCCCCAUUAUUUGGGAUGGCACUUUCGAUCCAGAUGUGGCCCAGCAACAGGCUAUACAGCAGAACCUCACCAUUGGGCUGACUGUCUUUGCCGUAGGCAGGUACCUGGACAAGUACCUGGCGCGCUUCCUGGAGACGGCAGAGCGGCACUUCAUGGUGGGCCAGCGUGUGGUCUACUACGUGUUCACUGAGCGCCCGGCCGCCGUGCCCCGCCUGCCGCUGGGCCCAGGCCGCCGGCUGCGCGUGGAGCGUGUGUCCCGCGAGCGGCGCUGGCAGGACGUGUCGAUGGAGCGCAUGCGCACGCUGCACGCGGCGCUGGGCGGCCGGCUGGGCCGCGAGGCGGACUUCGUGUUCUGCAUGGACGUGGACCAGCACUUCAGCGGCGCCUUCGGGCCCGAGGCGCUGGCCGACUCGGUGGCGCAGCUGCACGCCUGGCACUACCGCUGGCCGCGGCCAAUACUGCCCUACGAGCGCGACGCGCGCUCGGCCGCAGCACUGGCGUCGGGCGAGGGCGACUUCUACUACCACGGCGCCCUGUUUGGGGGCACAGUGGAGGCGGUGCGCGGGAUGACGGCGCACUGCGCGCGCGCCCAGGAGCAGGACCGCAUGCGCGGCCUGGAGGCGCGCUGGCACGACGAGAGCCACCUCAACAAGUACUUCUGGCUGCACAAGCCCGCCAAGGUGCUCUCGCCUGAGUUCUGCUGGAGCCUGGAAAUAGGCCGGCGGGCCGAGAUCCACCACCCGCGCCUGCUCUGGGCGCCCAAGGAAUAUGCUCUGGUGCGCGACUAGGAACCAGGGCCAAGCCUCGCCCCGCCUGCAGGAUGGACACUUUGGGCCCUGGGAGGAUGUGGAGUGGCCAGAGCAGCAAGGAUAGACCCUGAAGCCAUCAGGGAUCCUUCUGGAAGCAGUAUGGCACUCUGGAGGACAAGGAGAGACGGGACAGAAACAGCUCUGCCACCUCCUGCAUGUGGAAGGAGGCCGCCCUGGCCUUUGAGAGUUUUGUGUUGGUCCCAGCCUCUGAGCAAGGUAGUGGUUGGACCUGCGCAUGUGGUUCUUUCGUGAUUGCAAGAUGCCCUUCGGCAAAAACCCAUCAGGACACUAAAGAGAAUAAAGGUUCAUUAUUUACAGGACCCAGAAAUUACACAGCACACCUGGGGCCACACGGCAAGGUCUAAGGGGAGAGGGUGAGCCCGGGGUUCCGCUUUUAUCGGGAUCCAAGCCAGGCUUCUAGGGUUUCGUGGACUCUUUUGGUGAAUUCAAAAUAUGAGAGCAGAAAUGUAAAGCUCAGGAAGAGAAAAAAACCAGGUGGCCAGAGGUGUCUAGUUACUGUAAUCAACCGAGAUCUCUCAAACAAAGGAUCCUCAAGUGGGGGGUGGGGGGUGGCCUGGUUCUCUGUAGUCGGGAGGCUGGCAGUGUAUUUAUUGGAGAUAACUCUCUUUGAAGUGACUUCGUUGGCAGUCAAAGCUUAAAUCAGGCACUACAAAAAAGGAAAAGAAAAAAAAAUAGGCAGGGAGCUUCUCACUUGGAAGAUCUCCUUUUCCUCAUUUUCAACCGGGACUGGGGCAUACAGACCAUUCACCUCUGACCUUCCUGACUUCAAGGGAUGCCUCCUAAGGAGACGUUUUAGCAACUACACCCUCCCCCUUGUCAGGAGGAGACUGAGGCACAGAAGGGAACGUAACUGCCUGAAGCCACAGAAUCUACAGGAGCUUGUGAGGUUAGCCCAUCAGACCAAAUAAAACUGCCUGGGGGCACGAGCCACAGAGGGAGAAACACGGGUGGCUUUGACUGUCACCUCCCCCACGCUCAAGCAUCGCUUGCACAUAUUUAAGUAAUACUAUUGCAAAUGAAAAGGGGCUGUGCAAUAAGCAGCGGGCACAUGGCAGGCCUGACAAGCUCAGCAGCCACAUACAUGCCUGACCGGGCGGUCCCUGGUGGGCAGUCACAGCCCAGGCCUAAGGCUUCUUCAGCAAAGUCAGUCUUUACCUCCAGUGAGCCCUGUCCACUGCUCUUAGGUAUCUAGGGCAAUGUACCUUCGAGCUGUCAGAGCGCUUUUCGUUUCUGUUCCCCUCAAAGGCACAGCCGCGGGCACCGAGCACAGAACGCCACCAGAAGCCCCCUGUGUCAUCUUGUUCCGUGCACACCAUCUCCCUGUGCUGUCCACGCUCAGUACUAACUCUCCUGCGCCCACCGAUGUACAGUUCUGUGUUUCCCCACUUUGCUUGUUAUCCAGUCCCAGAGAUGUCCUCACCUUGCGUUCUCCCACCUCCCUAAUCUCCCACCAAUGGAUUGCAUGCACCCUCCUUCCAUUUUUCCCCCUUGGAUUCUAAAUGCAUAAAAGGAACCGAAAAACUGCCUUUCUUCAGAGUAUUUUCUCAAUCUUCUGAGAUUCUGCUUUCAGGCAUGUCUUUAAAAUUGGGCUCAGAUAUACCUUUAUAAGACUUUUCUAUAGGCCGGGAGUUCCUUCUGUUGGUAUUAUAAUAAAAUAAUUAU